UAGCAAACUAUUGCCGUCACACCCUGCUUCACAAGGCUCUACCCACCUGCACUGCUCUUUUGCUCUUUCACUAUUUGAUCUCCCAGGCUGCUCUACCCUCUGCCCACCCCAGGCUCGCAAACAAUGGCCUGCACGCACGUAGAUGCGCCCGAGCUUCGCAAACCAGGGCCAACGCAGUCUGUCUACCGAGAAGACUGCACUCAAUGCUUCGACUCCAUCGAUGACCCCGCUGGUCUCGAUGUUUGCCUCUACUGCUUCAACGGCGGCUGUACCAGCGACCGAAAUCACUCGCUCCUCCACGUCUCCGCCACGAAUCAUCCCCUUGUCCUGAACAUCAAGCGCACGCGCAAGAAGAUCAGACGCGACGAGCCGCCACACAAGAUCACCAAGCUCGCUGUUGCAGCUGAGACGGAAGCCGACCGCUACGAUACGACUACACAGGUCAAGUGCUACCAGUGUGGUGUCGAUGACGUGGAUAAGCGGUCAGGAAAGCUGCCUGACGUUGUCGAUGCUGUCCUCAAGGCAAAUACGUUUGCUAGGCAGGAGGAGGUCAAGGCUUGGGAGCAGGAGAUGACGGCUUGCGAGCACACCCUGUGCCUGGAGCAGGACGCACCAAGGGAAAUUGAGUCUCAGAUCCUGGGCCACUGCUCAGAGUGUGAACUCAACGAGAAUCUCUGGUUGUGCUUGACAUGCGGAAACCUAGGCUGCGGUAGGCAACAGUUUGGCGGCAUUGGCGGCAACUCUCAUGCUGUGGGUCACACAAAGUCUACUAACCAUCCUGUCGCGGUCAAGCUGGGCUCCCUCACUGCGGAUGGAACGGCCGACAUCUACUGCUACGCUUGCGACGAAGAGCGGGUUGACCCCGAGCUACCGAAUCACCUCGCGCACUGGGGCAUCAACAUCAAGGACAGAGUGAAGACGGAGAAGAGCCUCACAGAGAUGCAAGUCGAGCAGAACCUGCGAUGGGAUUUCGCCAUGGUGACUGAGGAUGGCAAAGAACUGAAACCUCUCUUUGGACCUGGUCUUACGGGCCUUAAAAACCUGGGCAACAGCUGCUAUUUGAACAGUACAUUACAGGCUCUAUUUGCGAUGCCAGAGUUCAAAGACCGAUACUAUCUCCCCGACCAAGGGCUACCGGAUGCGCCGCUCCCCGCCGAAGACCUAGAGACUCAGCUUCGUAAGGUUGCCGAUGGUAUGAUCUCUGGUCGCUAUUCGAAGCAAGACAGUGAUGUUUUCGUCUCCGAACACUCACCAGAAGUCCCACACCAGCGUGGUCUUGCACCCGCAAUGUUGAAGCAUCUGAUUGGACGGGGCCACGCCGAAUUUUCCACUAUGCGGCAGCAAGAUGCGUUCGAACUGCUCCUGCAUCUCCUUAAGCUAAUUUCACGCUCUCAACAUAACGCACCUCACAAGGACCCAGUGGACGCUUUCCGGUUUGCUAUGGAGCAGCGACUGCAAUGCAUCAGCUGUAAGCGGGUCCGAUAUAGAACAGACGAGCAGGAGAACAUCUCUAUUCCUGUGCCGAUUCGGAGGAUACCGAAAGAGGGGUUGAUGGAGGUCACCGAUGGCGAUGGCAAGAAUAAUGAUCAAGAAAAGGAAGAGUUCGAAUCGGUCACACUGAAAGAGUGCCUUGACAUCUUCACUACCGAAGAACUGGUAGAGCUCACAUGUGGAGCCUGUGGUAGCAAGGAUGGCUUCACCAAGAGGAGCAUGUUCAAGACCUUCCCUGCCGUGUUGGCUGUCAAUGCUCGCCGCUUCGAAUUGGUCAACUGGGUGCCCACCAAGCAGGACGUCCCUGUCAUCAUCGACGAUGAGCCAUUCUCGUUCGAUGCUUACAAGUCAAAGGGCUUGACUGACGGCGAGGAACUCCUUCCCGAAGAUGCCGGCACUGGAAGUACUGCGGCUUCUUCAGGCAAGUGGCUUCCCAACGAGGCCGCACUGUCAAUGCUAGAGGCUAUGGGUUUCCCAAGGGUCAGGUGUGAGAAGGCUCUACAUGCGACUGGCAACGAGGAUGCGGAAGCAGCUUCGAACUGGCUCUUCGCGCACAUGGAAGACCCGGACAUAGAUGAUCCGGUCGAUUUCAAUGCAGGCAGCAGCUCAGCAGGUGGUGCGUCUAUCAUUGAUCCCGAGAAGAUCGAGAGCCUAGGUGCUAUGGGGUUCAACGCCCCGCAAGCACGGCAGGCAUUGAAGGAGACUGGCGGUGACAUGGAACGAGCCGUGGACUGGCUCUUCAGCCAUCCUGACGCUGCUGGGGACUUUGAUCAGGGUGGUAGCUCAGAGGCGCCCGCCGCAUCACAAGAAAAGGUAGAGGCAGGUAGCGACCUAUUGCCAGUGAGUUUCCAGUUGCAGUCUAUCGUCUGCCACAAGGGAAGCUCUAUUCACGCUGGUCACUACGUCGCUUUCGUGCGCAAGCAGCUACCUGGCGAACAAACUACAUCGUGGGUCCUAUUCAAUGACGAGAAGGUGGCUAAGGCGGCCGACGUGGAGGAGAUGAAGAAGUUUGCGUACGUGUAUUUCUUCAGGCGUUUGUAA